AUGAGUGCCUUCGGCUUGGUGAGAGCACCAUCAUUGAUGCGACGUUUCGUCAAUGCUGUUGUGCAGACAUUCGGCGAUGAGUACCUUAGUUCUCCUAAUGAGGAGGACACUGCGCGGUUGCUAGCCAUCAACUUGCGCAGAGGCUUCCCCGGGAUGUUAGGAAGCGUUGAUUGUAUGUAUUGGAGGUGGAAGAACUGCCCUACGUCGUGGGCCGGGUCUUACACGGGGCAUGUUAACGCUCCAACUAUCAUUCUUGAGGCGGUAGCGUCGCAGGACCUGUGGAUCUGGCAUGCGUUUUUCGGCAUGCCUGGUUCGCUAAACGACAUCAAUGUCCUCCACCAAUCACAUCUCCUCGAUGACUUAGCCGCCGGAGAGGCACCAAAGGUUAAUUACACAAUCAAUGGUCACGAGUACACAAUGGGUUACUACCUUGCCGACGGAAUUUAUCCGGAAUGGGCCACGUUUGUGAAACCCAUUCUGUCUCCUGUCGGCCGGAAGCGGCAACACUUUGUCGUGCAACAAGCGACGCCUCGCAAGGACGUCGAGCGCGCUUUCGGAGUACUCCAGUCGCGGUUUCCCAUUGUUCGAGGGGCAACACGUUUGUGGGACGAGGAAACCUUGUUCGCCAUCAUGACCGCAUGCAUAAUCAUGCACAACAUGAUUAUUGAAGACGAGCGCAAAGACGACGAUGUGGACUAUGUGUACGAGGGAGCAGGUGAAGACGUCCAGGCUUCUCACGACGUGACGCCACCAUUGAUGGUCUUGAGCCAACGGUACAAUGCUAUUCGAUGCAAGCAGUCCCAUGUUCAUCUCCGGGAAGACUUUGUCGAACACCUUUGGCAGUUACACAGAGGCGACUUUUAG